AUGGAGGAGUGUGUAUUGGAGCUUCCAUUAGGCGAAGCAGCAGCAAAAUUCGAUCUCGAAACAGCAGUCUGCAGCCAUGGCUUGUUCAUGUUAUCUCCCAAUCAUUGGGACCCUCUCACAAAGUCCCUCACUCGUCCUCUCCAUCUCAUUGUCCACUCAAACUCUCCUCGUUCUCCGUCAAUCACAGUCAUCAUUUCUCAACCCCACCAAGACCCGCAUUCUCUCCGAAUCAAACUCCAUAAAACCCCAUCUGGCUCCCUCUCUAAGCACCAGCAAGACGCGUUGGUGCGUCAAGUUGUGAGAAUGCUGCGCUUGUCGGAGAGUGAUGAGAGGAAUAUGAGGGAGUUCAAAAGGGUUGCUUCAGAAGUAGGUGAAGGGUGUGAUUCUGUGAAGGAUUUCAGUGGGAGAGUGUUUAGGUCUCCUACUUUGUUUGAAGAUAUGAAGAGGAGGAAGAUAUUGUCCAAAGUUUCCACCUCAUUAACUAGCAAAUUUGCAGAGGUUAAAGCAAACUUGGAAGAAGAUUUGGAUUCAAAACUGAAUUGUUUUAGAGAGACAGAAGAGAAUUUGAACCCAAGCUUUCCUUGGGAUGAUAUUGAAGAUGAUUCAUGUGCAGUGCACGAGCUGUCUACAAGUGAUUUGUGUUUGGUGUCUGAUCUUCAGUCUAAAGGGAAAGAAACAUAUGCUAGUGAUAGGAUUGGUAAUUUUCCGAGUCCAGGAGAGCUAGCAAAUAUUGAUGAAAUUUUUCUGGCAAAGCGUUGCAAUCUUGGCUACAGAGCAGGUCGUAUAAUAAAACUUGCCCAGGCUAUUGUUGAAGGCAGGAUUCAGUUAGAACAACUCGAAGAAAUUUGCAGUGAAGCAAGUUUAGCCAGCUAUGAUAAGCUGGCUGAACAGUUGAGCAAGAUUGACGGAUUUGGUCCAUUUACAUGUGCCAAUGUGCUUGUAUGCAUGGGAUUUUACCAUGUGAUUCCAUCAGAUUCCGAAACAAUCAGGCAUUUAAAGCAGGUCCAUAAAAGAAAGUCUACCAUUAAAACAGUUCAAAAGGACGUUAAAAUGAUCUACAGAAAGUAUGCACCAUUUCAGUUCUUGGCAUACUGGUCAGAAGUAUGGCACUUCUACGAGGAAAGGUUUGGGAAGCUAAGUGAAAUGCCUUACUCGAAUUACAAGCUUAUAACAGCCAGUAAUAUGAGAACCUAAAAAGUGUUCUAUAUCUUUUGAUGUGGAAACCUGCUGAACUGAAUAUUGAUUCAGCUCUGGACUCCGGACUCUGCAAGCUGCAGGAUGUACUGAAUCUCUUUGAUUACCUCGCAUAGAGCUGUUGGUUCCCAGUUCCCAUACGUACAUCAUUGCCAGUGUCCAAACCGAUGGCAGGGAUCAAGAAUCUUUGAUACAUUGCAGUCGUUGGCUCUCUCAAGAUUUAGCUCCCUAAUUCUAUCGGAUUUCAUCAAAUGCAAAGCUAUAAUCAUCAAUGUCCAUUGUUAAUUAUUGAGUGGUGAAAUAUUUUGGAUUCGAGUAGUGCUAAUCAUCAAAUGCAAACUUUUGUCACCUUAUCAAAUUUGAUAGUUUGUCUCCUUGACAUGAUUAUGGAGUGGUUUU